UUUUUGAUGUAAACAAACAGCGCCACGGUUGAAAGCGAAAGUAGAUCUAAGCGGCAUGGCAAAAAGCCUAUAUUUAGAUAACAAUGCCACAACUCCUCUGGAACCUGAAGUUGUAAAUGCUAUAACAUCAGCUCUGACCAAGGCCUGGGGAAAUCCCAGUAGCUCUCAUACUCAAGGUAUAGAGGCCAAGACUAUAAUUGAAGAAUCUCGCCAGUAUGUUGCUGAAAUGUUGGGAGCUAAAUCAUCAGAUAUAAUUUUUACCUCAGGAGGGACAGAAGGAAACAACAUGAUUCUGCAGACUGGGGUGAAAUAUUUUCACUCUGUUGGGGGGUGGGGGAGUAAUGGAUUAUGUGCAGACAAAGAUCACCUACCACACUUUAUUACAUCAAAUCUGGAACAUGACGCUGUUAAGCUGGUGUUGGAACACUUUGCUGAAGAGGGCAUUGCAAGUGUGACUUUUGUACCUGCCUCACCACGAACUGGUCAUGUAAUGGUUGAUGAUGUCAUUGCUGCCAUUCGACCUUCAACCUGCAUGAUUUCCAUAAUGCUUGCCAAUAAUGAAACUGGAAUUAUACAGCCAGUAAAGGAGAUUUUUGAGAGAGUGAGGCAGAUCAAUGUCUCCAGGAAAUCCAUUCCAAAAAUUCUGCUCCACUCGGACACAGCUCAGGCAAUCGGGAAAAUCCGGGUCAACGUACAGGACUUAGGAGUAGACUACCUUACAGUGGUGGGACACAAGUUUUAUGGACCAAGAAAUGGAGCAAUCUAUGUGAAAGAUUUGGGGUGCAGCAAGGAGGUCCCUCUGUACCCCAUGUUUUAUGGGGGAGGCCAGGAAAGGAACUACAGACCAGGCACAGAAAAUACAGCAAUGAUAGCAGGGCUUGGAAUGGCAGCAAAACUAGUGACAGAAAACAUUGACAAAUAUAAUGAUCAUAUGAAAAAGAUCAGGGAUUAUCUAGAGGAAAGGUUAAAGGUAGAGUUUGGUAAAAAUGUCUGCUUCAAUGGAAAGUUCUCUCACAGUUGUCGGAUUCCAAACACUUGUAAUGUUUCAUUCCUAGGCAUUGAUGGCAGUGGUACCCAUGUUCUAUCAAACUGUAAGCAGGUGCAGGCUAGCAUUGGAGCUGCUUGUCAUUCCCAAAACAGACCGUCUCCUAUUUUGCUGGCAUUAGAUAUUGAAGAGUCUGUGGCCAGGAGGGCUAUUCGAUUAUCAGUGGGAAGGGAGACAACUUGGAGUGACAUAGACUGUGCCAUAAAUGAUCUCAAACAAGCUCUUGAAGGAAUACAAAAUGUGAAUACAUAAAAUUUCUGUAUCUUUAUUAUUGAUGUCAUAUAUUGUUAGCAUUUGUCUACAAACUAAUGGUCA